ACCGACGGGGAAUCGAUCCCCCACCCCCAGCAGACGCGCCCGCCAGGCCCCCUCCCACAGGCACAGACGCCCGCCCCCCUCGUCUCCCGCCCGCCUCGCCGCCCCCGCCGCCAAAUCGGUUUCAAAUCGCGCGGCCGCCCGACCGGCGUCCCCGGCGGCGGCGAUGGAGGUGGGCGACCUGCACAAGGUGUGGGAGAUCCGGGCGCUCAAGCGGAAGCCCGAGGAGCCGGCCGCCCGCGCGCUCCUCGACCGCGUCGCCAAGCAGGUCCAGCCCAUCAUGCGCCGCCGCAAGUGGCGCGUCAAGGUCCUCUCCGAGUUCUCGCCGAAGAACCCGAGGCUGCUGGGGCUCAACGUCAACCGGGGCGUCGAGGUGAAGCUGCGGCUCCGGCGCGACGGCCGCGACCUCGACUUCAUCCCCUACGAGGAGGUGCUCGACACCAUGCUCCACGAGCUCGCGCACAACGCGCGCGGGCCCCACGACGCGCAGUUCUACAAGCUCUGGGACGAGCUGCGCAAGGAAUGUGAAGAACUUGUCGCAAAGGGUAUCACGGGGCCAGGACAAGGGUUUGAUGGUACAGGCAGGCGAUUAGGUGGAUUUUCAAUACAUCCACCACCACCAUCUCUCCGACAAGCUACACUAACUGCAGCACAGAAACGGGCAAGGAAUGGAGCUCUAUUGCCGUCCGGCCCAAGAAAGUUGGGUGGAAACAAUGCCAUCAUGAGUGCUCUUAGUCCAGUACAAGCUGCUGCCAUGGCUGCUGAAAGGAGGAUGCAGGAUGACUUGUGGUGCGGAUCUCAUAAUGAUUCUGGUAUUGAUGAUUCAGAAGAUGUUGUUAUUCUUGAGCAACCACCUAACUUGACAACAAGGGAUGGAAAAAACACAAAGCGUGCAAAAAACACAAGGUGUGAUUCUUCUCGCAGUUCUGCAGAACCCAGCACUUCGUCUGGAUCUCAAGUUCCAGCACGAGCUGAUUCCUCUUCUGGUAGAACGACUGGUGCGGACUUCAGUUCUAUGUGGGAGUGUAGUGCUUGCACUCUUCUUAAUCAGCCUCUGGCACCAAUUUGUGAAGUUUGUGGGACAGCUAAACCUAAAAUUGCAAAAGCCAAGUAUGCAUCUUGGUCCUGUAAAUUCUGCACUCUGGAGAACUGCACUAAGCUUGAUAAAUGUUCGGCAUGCGAUCAAUGGAGGUACUCAUAUGGACCACCUGUAGCCACAUAUGGUCCAAGCUACGAUUGACUUACAUUGCAGGCUACAAGAAUACAGUUUACAAUUUUGGGGGAGGCGGCUUCUGCAAUGUUUAAAAUUGCCUCACCAGCAGCAGUUGCCUCUGUUGCCACCUACCAAGUACCGCUGCAUGCCUAACUCAAACCCGUGGAGUCGCAGGAAGAUGUAGCAUCCAGGUCUGGGCACCUGUCGGCCUGCCAAUGGCUCCCAGUUCCUCUCUGGGAGCACUGAAUCCUGUAUGCUUUGGUGACUUCCCCUCGUGGUUGCCGAUUUAAAGAACGUGCUCGGUUUUGGUUUUGUGCAAGGAUGCCUACAUGUUUACCAAUUGCAGUAGUUGCUGUCA